GCUGGAUUCGGACACUCCCACACAGAGGAAUUGUGGGAAAACAUGGCCGUUUCCGGUGUUUGUGCGGGUUUCAGUUAUCAUUGAGGGAAAAUUGAGUGUUAAUGACGGAUUAGAGAGAGAGAGAGAUAGAGAGAGAGAGAGAGAGAGAGAGAGAGAUGGAAGAGUGCAGCAGUGAGGAGAGUUUAAACUCCAGGCAGCUCAGCGCUCAGAGCCUCAGCAGUAGCAGUACGUCCCGGUCCGAGCGCUGUUCUCCUGCCAGAACCCCCACAGCACCCGGUUCUGAUCCAGACAGCUCCACACCACUCAUCCAGGUAAAAGGGAAAACGCAUGCUAAGGAUGAGCUGGAGUUGUUAGUCAAGGAAGUUGUACAGAUUGAGGCUAAAGAUGUGACCUACAUCUGUCCCUUUGUGGGAGCUUUACGUGGCACACUGACUGUCACCAACUACAGACUAUUCUUCAGAUCAGUCACCCGGGAGCCAGUGUUUGUGUUGGAUCUCCCUCUCGGUGUGAUCAGCAGAGUUGAGAAGAUUGGAGGAUCCUCCAGCAGAGGAGAUGUGUCUUACGGCCUCGUCUGCAAGGACAUGAGGAACCUGCGGUUUGUCCAUAAGCAGCCAGACGAUUCGUUAAAGAAAUCAGUGUUCGAUGUGAUCAGCAAGUUUGCCUUCCCACUCUCCAACAGCCUGUCGUUAUUUGCGUUUGAGUAUAAUCAGGUUUUCCCAGAGAACGGGUGGAAAGUUUAUGACGCUCUGGCAGAGUACAAGAGACAGGGUCUGCCCAAUGAGAGUUGGAGGAUCUCCAAGGUGAAUGACCGGUAUGAGUUGUGUGACUCGUAUCCAGCUACACUGGUUGUCCCGGUAACUGUUACAGAUGAUGAUCUUCGCCGCGUUGCCAGCUUCAGGGCCAGAGGUCGUAUACCGGUGUUGUCAUGGCUGCACCCCCAGAGUCAGGCAGCAGUGGUACGGUCCGGGCAACCCAUGUCAGGGGUCAGUGGGAAACGUUGUAGAGAUGAUGAGAAGCUGCUGCAGGCCAUCAUGGAUGCCAACGCACAGUCUCACAAACUCUUCAUCUUCGAUGCUCGACCCAGCAGCAAUGCUGCCGCUAACAAGAUGAAGGGAGGAGGGUAUGAGAGUGAGGAUGCAUAUCAGAAUGCUGAGCUGGUCUUCCUUGAUAUACACAACAUUCAUGUGAUGCGCGAGUCGCUACGGAAAUUGAAGGAGGUGGUUUACCCCAGCAUCGAGGAGUCCCACUGGUUGUCCAACCUGGAGUCCACUCAUUGGCUGGAGCACAUCAAGAUGAUAUUAGCAGGUGCAGUGAGGAUAGCGGAGAAGGUGGAGUGCAGUAAGACUUCAGUAGUGAUCCACUGCAGUGAUGGUUGGGACAGAACGGCUCAGCUCUCCUCUCUCUGCAUGCUGAUGCUGGAUCCACACUACAGAACCAUCCACGGCUUCCAAAACCUUAUCGAGAAGGAGUGGGUCAGCUACGGACACCGCUUCCAGCAGAGGGUGGGUCAUGGUGAUCAGAACCACACUGAUGCCGAUCGCUCCCCCAUUUUCCUGCAGUUCAUUGACUGUGUGUGGCAAAUGACCCAGCAGUUCCCUGCAGCAUUUGAGUUUAAUGAGUACUUCCUGUUGACGUUGCUGGAUCAUCUGUACAGCUGUUUGUUUGGAACGUUUCUGUUUAACUCAGAACAGCAGCGACUCACAGAGGAGGCACAGAAGUGCACCGUCUCGCUCUGGUCAUUUAUUAACAGUCAGUGGGAGGAGUUUGUAAACCCUAUGUAUGUUCACUACGACACACACGUGCUAUUUCCCUCCGUCUCCAUCCGACAUCUACAGCUAUGGACCUCCUACUACAUUCGCUGGAACCCUCGCCUCAGACCACAGGAGCCAUUGCAUCAGCGCUAUAAAGAGCUGCUUGCUAAAAGGGCGGAGCUUCAGAAACGAGUGGAGGAACUUCAGCAUGAAGUAGCCAGUCGAGCGUCUGCAUCUUCUGAGAAGGCGGGGUCUCCCUCUCCCCCCACCCCCGCUAUACAGACCUUUAUAUGAUUGUUUUUUUCAUCUGUCUGUCUGUCUCUGUGUGAGUCUCUCUCUCUAUCUGUCUCUCUUAUCCUGUAUCUCUGAUCAGAUCAGUCUUAACUAAACACACACUAAUACACAAAGCUAAUGUAGAAUGUUAGCUUGCUAAAGUUUAACAUAUAAUGUGUUAGCACUACAUAUUAAACAGUACUGUAUGUUUUAGUCACAUGUAUAUAACCCUGCUCUUUCAUAUAGCUGACCAGUCACAUGACCAAAUCUGGCACGGUCCAUUAGUGUUAUCUUUGCAUAUUAAUGUGAGUAGUGUACACUAUGGAGCAGUGUCUAAAUGUUAAGUGUAAAGUGAGAAGGUUAGGAAGCAGUCGCGCCAAGCCCCACCACACCAGAGCCAAUCAGAAUGCACAACACAAGCCUAAUUAUCAUAUCUAUUACAAUAAUAUAUCUUUUAUAUUAUUAUUGUAUUAUGGGUCUGUCUUGCCCCUUGGCUACUCAGUCAUAAAUAUUUGAACAACACAACAGCUUUGAUCCAACCGGGUGUGUGUGUGUAAAGCAAGUAACAUCUUGCUAGCUUGACUUCUAUUUUAUUUGUACAACUGCUAAUGUUACUGCUGCUAUUACAAUCCCUCUGUAGCCUGAAUAAAUGAUUAUAACCUGA